AUGGGACGUGGGGAGAGCGAGGAAGCAAGGAAAAUGAUGAAGGCUGAGUCCCCAAAUGAGACCUCUGGACUCCAUUCCAAAGAGCUCUUGCUUGCCCUCUCCACAAUCGAAAUCAGGGAAAGCUCUUCUGUUGACAUGGACGCCCACAGCGAAAACACUACAUCAUCUGAGGGUGCCACCCAUACCCUGCUUAUCCAUGGCCCUGUUGAACUCAAGCAAGGCUGGAGGAGGCAGAAACGGCACCUCUUCUUGUUCAAUGAUUUGUUGCUGAUGUCUAAUACGGAUUAUAAAAACACCUUUAAGAUAAAAAAUCAAAUACCACUGAGCACCAUGUGGAUAACCAACUGUACGGACAAAGUGGGAGAUACCAGCAUCAAUGCUGAGAGGUCCUUCAUCUUGGGCUGGCCCACGGUGAACUUUGUGGCCACCUUCAGGUCUUCCGAACUAAAGGAAAAAUGGUGCUCUUUCCUUCAAAGGUACAUCAAUCUAGCCAAAGAGAAGGACCAGCCAAAAAGCAUUCCCCUCCAAAUCUUCACUGGAGACAUCGAGAACUGUGGCGGUACUGUAACUGUAACAGUGGCAAAUUCAGACACAGCGAAUGACAUUAUCAACAUGUCACUACCAAUGCUAGGAAUAACUGGCUCUGAGAAAGACUAUCAGCUGUGGGUCAGUUCUGGCAAAGGAGAAGCCCCACAACCACUAAUUGGACAUGAACAUCCCUAUGGAAUUAAAAUGAGCCAUCUUCCAUCUACUCCACUGCUGCCACAGGGACCAGAGGCCUCCAUCUCUCCUUCCACCCUCCAGGAGCCCCUCCUUCCAAAGGAGGGGUUCCCAGAGAUGCAAGGCCAGUUCAUCCUGAAGCCCAGGCACCCAGUGCAGAACCAGCAAGGGAGAGGUUCAGGCCAGAAGACAGUUAAAAGGAAUCCUUUCAUAAACUGGGCCCUUAGGUGGGGCCCCAGAGCUUGCCAGGACAGCCAGUGCACAGCUCCACCUUCUGCAAAGCCAGCACAGCUCUUUGGAGUUUCCCUCAUGGAUGUGUGUGAUAAUGACCACCUGCCCUCCCCCAUUCUGGAUAUGCUUUGCUUUAUCAAUCAAAAAGGGCCAUUCACAGAAGGCAUCUUCAGGAAAUCAGCCAAUAUGAAAUCAUGCAGAAUCCUGAAGGAGAAACUAAAUUCUGGGGACAAAGUGAACUUGGACAGUGAAUCUGUUCUUGUGGUAGCAUCUGUCUUAAAGGAUUUUCUUCGAAAUAUCCCAGGAAGCAUAUUUUCAUCCGAUCUCUAUGACAAAUGGCUUGCUGUUGCUGAUCAAGGGAAUGAGGAGGAGAAAGUAACUGCAGCCCAGAGGCUGUUAGACCAGCUGCCAAGAGUGAAUGUUGUUCUCUUGCAAUACCUUUUUGGAGUGUUAUACAAUAUUGAGCAGCAUUCCUCAUCCAAUCAGAUGACAGCUUACAAUUUAUCAGUGUGUAUAGCCCCAAGCAUUCUUUGCUCAUCUAAUUCCUGCAGCUCGGGAUUAGGAAGCAACUUCAUAAAAAAGGUUUCUCUUGUACAAUUUCUCAUUGAAAACUGCCUCAAGAUAUUUGGGGAAGACAUCACUUCCCUCUUGGGAGAGAGCUCAACGAGCUGUGAUAACAGCGAGAAUGCUGCAGGUACCAUGAAUAAUUUAAUUGGCUUUGUGACAGCACAACAACCUCUUGAAUCCAAGCCAGCGGCGGUGAUAGUGAUUUACAAAAAGGCACAACUGCAGGAUAAUACCAAGACUUCAUCUGGCAUGGAUCCACAUAGCCACCUGUCUACAGUUCUCAAAGUCACUGAAGACUAG